CAUUUCCGCAAAGCCCCACCUCCUGGUCGGCUGUUGCCAAGCCCGGCAAUCCCGCAAGGGGGCGCUCAGAACACGCCAUUUAGGGAGAACUGCAACUACAUUGACCAGCGUCCCGCGCGUCACCGACCCACUUCCGGAACCGUCGAACAACAUGGCGGCGCCCGAGGAGCACAGUUCUUCAGCAGAAGCGCCCCAGCCGGGGUUGGAGGAGGAAGAAGCUAAAACAUUUAAAGACCUGGGUGUGACAGAUGUGUUGUGCGAGGCUUGUGACCAGUUGGGAUGGACAAAGCCCACCAAAAUCCAGAUUGAAGCUAUUCCUUUGGCAUUACAAGGUCGUGAUAUCAUUGGGCUGGCAGAAACUGGCUCUGGAAAAACAGGGGCCUUUGCUUUGCCCAUACUGAAUGCGCUGCUGGAGACGCCCCAGCGUUUAUUUGCUUUAGUUCUCACUCCCACCCGAGAGCUGGCCUUUCAGAUUUCUGAGCAGUUUGAAGCCUUGGGGUCUUCUAUUGGAGUGCAGAGUGCUGUGAUUGUAGGUGGAAUUGAUUCAAUGUCCCAAUCUCUGGCCCUGGCAAAAAAACCACAUAUAAUAAUAGCAACUCCUGGUCGACUGAUUGACCACUUGGAAAAUACAAAAGGUUUCAACUUAAGAGCUCUCAAAUACUUGGUCAUGGAUGAAGCAGACAGAAUAUUGAAUAUGGAUUUUGAGACAGAGGUCGACAAGAUUCUCAAAGUGAUUCCCCGAGAUCGGAAAACAUUUCUCUUCUCUGCUACCAUGACCAAGAAGGUGCAAAAACUUCAGCGAGCAGCACUGAAAAAUCCUGUGAAAUGUGCUGUUUCCUCUAAAUACCAGACAGUUGAGAAGUUACAGCAAUAUUAUAUUUUUAUUCCCUCUAAAUUCAAGGAUACCUACCUGGUUUAUAUUCUAAAUGAAUUGGCUGGAAACUCCUUUAUGAUAUUCUGCAGCACCUGUAACAAUACUCAGAGAACAGCCUUGCUACUCCGAAAUCUUGGAUUUACUGCCAUCCCCCUCCACGGACAGAUGAGUCAGAGCAAGCGUCUUGGAUCCCUCAAUAAGUUUAAGGCAAAGGCUCGUUCCAUUCUUCUAGCCACUGAUGUUGCAAGCCGAGGUUUGGACAUACCUCAUGUGGAUGUAGUGGUCAACUUUGACAUCCCUACUCAUUCCAAGGAUUACAUCCAUCGAGUAGGUCGAACAGCUCGAGCUGGGCGCUCUGGAAAGGCUAUUACGUUUGUCACCCAGUAUGACGUGGAGCUCUUCCAGCGCAUAGAGCACCUGAUUGGGAAGAAACUUCCUGUCUUUCCAACACAGGAUGACGAGGUUAUGAUGCUGACAGAACGUGUGACUGAAGCCCAAAGAUUUGCCCGAAUGGAGUUAAGGGAGCAUGGAGAAAAGAAGAAACGUACGCGGGAGGAUGCGGGGGACAACGAUGACAGGGAGGGCGCCGUUGGUGUCCGGAACAAGGUGGCCGGAGGCAAAAUGAAGAAACGGAAAGGCCGUUAACCUCUUUCACCAAGACUUGAUUUCUGCUCCAUUUUGUAAAAAGGGGGCUGAAGAAAAGAAAGAAGCCUCCAGCAGAGUUCUUCAGACUGAAAUCUGUCCGAAUUAUGUCCAGAAUCUGCCAGCCGAUUCAGUAGUUACUCCCCUUUCUACGCGCUGGAGUGCUGGUACCGCCGGACGUCGUUCACAGUGCCGAUGGCGGGUCGUUCCUGUUUUUCAGCUCUGGUUCUUGUGACAUGAGGAGGACGUGUUGUCCUGUCACUUCACACAGACCUUUUGCUUUCUUCAGCUUCAAGUCACGGACCAAGUUGAUGAAGUGCUUGACCUGUAAUUGUAAAGAAGCUCUUACGUUUAUGAAAUGGUGAUAUGUAAGCAGUUUCAGCUUAUGCUUUGUUAGACAUAAUGUGAAAUAAUAAAUUUAAAUAUUACUUUUAAAAUAUUCAAACUUAUUGAAGACAUUUAUAGGUUGAAGGACUUAAUGUAUUUAAAUAAGAUCUUGCUCAUGGGUAGGAAACUAACAGUGGUGGAUACAUGCCAGAUUCAUUGGUUGUCCUUAAUUUAAACAUUAUUUAUGACUUUGAAAGUCAGUCAACAAAGGAACAAGAUGAUGGAUAGCUUUGAAAGAAAUUCCAGCUAAAAGGAGGUUGGUUAUGUUUUUCUUGCGGGUGGAGCAAAGUCCAUAAGUAAGAGAAGCAUUCCUUAGAUCCCUAAAUAGAUUCACUUCCUUGGCCUCUUGGAUUAAGCAGGUGGUUGGGAAGACUGAUUUUUUAUAUAGAUUCUUAUCCCCAGGUGACGCAAUUAAAAUCAGGAAACACCAUUAUUAUAGGGGAAUUCCAAGCCCAAUUUCAUGCACUUUUUAUUGGUGGCCAUUGGACACUCUUUCUUUUCUUUUGGCCUCAUCUAUUGGUUAGUUUAAUUCAGGAGAUGUAAAAAGCUGGGGCAUUGGCUGCUGGGAGGAAGUAGACAUUGGCACUGUAGGGAGUGGGUGGGGCGGGGGAGAUCAGAAAUGUCUUUGUGCUUCCAGUCGUGCACUGUCGUGCUCUGAGGGCUUUUAUACAUAGAAGGUGCCUGAUCAGUUUUGUCGAAUGUAGCAUUUUUAUUAGAAGGGAGUGUUGAGUGGCAGAACCAGGAUGAAGCAAUUCCAAUAGCUUCAGAUCAAGAAUAAGUUUUGGCAGGAGAGAAACCUUCCAUAUUCAUCUAAAUGAAAGUGAAUGGGUCAAAAUUGUGUUUCUUGGAGUCAAAGUGGUGAGAAGUGAAAAGUAGAUGUAAGUGAAAUUCUCCAUGGUGGCCAGAUGUGAACUGUUGAUUACAGGAAGGUUUUUUGUAAAUACAGGUAGUAGGGUGCUUUCUACCACAAAUAUAUCCUAAGAUGGUGCCUGUGGAUGAAACAUGUAAAGUUAAUUGGAAUCUAACUCAUGGCUUAUUUUGUUAAGUUUGCCUCAAAUUUCAUUGCUGCUCGUGGUGCGUUUAUGUGAAGGCCAAGUUAGAGGAUUCAGGAGGCAAUGAAAAAGGAAAGGAGAAAAAGGGUGGAAGGAAAGGAAGAGGCAGACAGGUGGGUGGGACUGUAUUUGGGACUGUGUGUUACGAAUUGUGGCUACCACUGGAGGCUAGUUCUCCAUUAAAUGUAUUUUCCAGAUGGGAAUCUCCAGGAUGGCUUAGGAUAAUGGUGACCCUUUCUCUCUCAGCCAGUGGAUAAAAGCAGAUUGACGGUUGCUGCUUCAGCUCAGCGCGUGAUGGCAGAAGCAAGCUGAAAUUGGGGUACGGGUGGUGGGUAAGGAGGAGAGAUUGGAAUUCUCCUGAAGGAGUCUGAACUUUUCAACAGACAGGGGUCUCUACCAAGGGUCUGUGGACCACCGAGGUCCACAGACCUCGUAUAUGCACUACCACUAAAGCUUAGCUGUUAUUUCUAAAAUGUUGGGGUGGCCAAAAAGUUUGUUUUUUUUUUCUGUGAGAUGGCUAGCAGCCCUUAGUUGCCUUUAACUUCAUUCGAAACAAUUUUGUUAGAUUGCAUUGUGACAGCUGUCAUAUCAGCGUGCAUUUAAAAAAACUUAUCUCCUUCCUUCCACUUCCUUUCACACUUUCUUUCAUCUUUCUUUUUCUGUUUUCUUAAUUAAAGUAUUACAGAGAUUUAAAUAAUAUAAAUAUUUUUUUGUCCAGUUUUGACACUGGGCCAAAUUAUCCAGGGACUCAGUGAUAGUUCUAUUCUUUCCACUAGUUUGCUUUUCUUUUUAUUUUUUUGCUUUUUAUUCAUUAAACUUUUUCUCUUGGUCAAAAAUAAAUAAAUAAAACUUAUCAAAGUUGGUGAAUUUUUGUGUAGCCAUUUUAAUAUUGAACACGAAGGGAAAUAGGCGACAUUUUUGGCAUGUUAUGCUUUAUUAUUUCAAGGAAGGUAAAAGCACAACUGAAAUGCAAAAAAGAGUUGUGCAGUGAAUGGAGAAGGUGCUGUGACUGAACGUGUCAAAAGAAGUUUGCGAAGUUUCGUGCUGGAGAUUUCUUGCUGGACAAUUCUUUAUGGUUGGGCACAUUUGUUGAAGUUGAUGGCCAUCAAAUUGAGACAUUAAUUGAGAACAAUUGAUGUUAUACCACAUGGGAGUCAGCUGAUAUACUCAAAAUAUCGAAAUCAAUAAAGUUGUUGGUGAAAAUGAA